ACGAUUUGGAAAAAGUUCUCCGGGUCUGCUCUACAUUUGUUUCAAGGAAUUUCUCCUUAGCCAUAGGGAGAGGAAGAGGAAGGAACGAAUAAAUUCCCACGGGUUCGAUUUCGAAUCGACUGUUUCCUGAAAGGCAAAACAUGGCUUUAGCUACUUCCCAAGUGAAGAAUUCAAGUCUACUACCAAUUGUUGAAAAUGAAGUCCCAACGAACCCAUAACCAAACAAGGAUUACGAUCUUCAUCCCUUGAAGUUUCCAUUCAAUCUUUUAAACACUAUGAACAAGAAAGGAUUGGCAAUUUUGAUGCGAACCAAGAUGAGACCUAACAACGAUCUCUCCAACUUCUCUCUCUCUCCUCUUUCUAACCCCAUUCAAUCCAAUACCCAGGAAUCAACUGGACGUGUAAUGGAGCAUAGCCUGGACGAAACUGGAAAGCGGCUCAGUUUCUCAGGCAAAGCAGAAGGAGAUUUUGAUCUUGUUCGUGGAUGGAUGCAUUCCGCUAUUUCUAUGAAGAAAAUGGAAGGUCUAGAUGCCAUGCUUAAUGAUUUUUCAAAGGGCUAUUUCAGUCUCUCUCUUGAGAACCGCCGUAAAUUGCUUCUCCUGCUUGCCAAAGAGUAUGACUUUAAUAGAACACAAGUUCGUGAUCUGAUGAAACAAUAUCUUGGUAUUGAACUACCUAGUGGUGAUAAUGCACAACCUGCCGGUCAACAAGAUGACAUCCCAUUUUCUGCUUUCUACUCUCUUGAGCGCAAUUUGAGGCAUGCUCUAAAACCAACAUAUGAAGUUCUUUUUGAACGGCUUAACACACAUCCUGGUGGGCUGGGUUUUUUGUCGAUAUUACGAGCUGAUAUUCUUUCUAUUCUCGCAGAGGAAAACACUGCGUCUUUGAGGGCAUUGGAUACCUACUUAAAGGAGAAACUUAGUAUGUGGCUCAGUCCUGCUGUCUUGGAGCUCCACCAGAUAACUUGGGAUGACCCUGCUUCUUUACUUGAGAAAAUUGUAGCUUAUGAGGCUGUGCAUCCAAUCAGCAAUCUUAUUGAUCUUAAAAGAAGGCUGGGAGUUGGUCGACGUUGUUUUGGGUACCUACACCCUGCAAUACCAGGUGAACCUCUUAUUUUUAUUGAAGUUGCACUUUUGAAGAAUGUAGCUCAGACAGUUCAGGAAGUUUUGUGGGAUGAUCCUCCAAUACCUGAAAGUGAAGCAACCUGUGCAUUGUUUUACUCUAUAUCCUCUACAAAGCCCGGCUUAUCAGGCAUUAAUCUUGGGAAGUUCCUCAUUAAACGAGUAAUAACACUUGUGAAGAGAGACAUGCCAUAUAUCAACACAUUUGCAACUCUAAGUCCAAUCCCAGGUUUCAUGCAGUGGCUCCUAUCAAAGUUAUCAUCUCAAUCAAAUCGGGCUGAAACAGAGGUUGCGUCAAGUACAUCCGGGGAUGAAUCUGCUUCCACUUUCUGGGAGAACAUUCUUGAACCGGAGGAGGAAAGAGUGAUCAUUGAAUCAUCGCAAGAUUUUGUCACUGGAAUGAAUGGCAUGGAGGUCAUGUUUAGGUUAUUGACCUUGUCAAACCAUGAGUGGAUCAAUUCAACGAAAUUGCUAUCAGCAUUAAAACAGCCUCUAAUGCGCUUGUGUGCAAGGUACCUUGUGGAAGAGAAAAAGAGAGGAAAAGCUCUAGAUUCUGUGGCAAACUUUCACUUGCAAAAUGGAGCAAUGGUUGAGAGACUUAACUGGAUGGCAGAUAGAUCCAUAAAAGGCCUUCUUCAAAGUGGAGGUAUAAUGGUGAACUAUGUUUACAGGAUGGAGAAAAUAGAAGAAUAUGCUCAUUCUUAUUUCCGCACUGGCCAAAUACAUUCCUCACCCGACAUUCUUCGUUACGUCAAGUCCAAACAGUUGGAGGAUGAAUCUAAAGAGUAGACAAAUUUCUGGAAGAUUCAAAUGGUACAUCCACCAUAAGAUCAGUUAUUUAUUCUUCUCUACUGCCAUUGUUGUUUGUGUUAGGAAGGGAGGUUAGAUAUGACAGGAUAACAUAGAUGUGUCUCAAGUGUGGUGUAACAUCACUAUAAUAUGUCAUUAAUUGAAGAAAAUAUUGUGCUUCUUGUGCAUAUUAUCUUUUUUAUGUUAUUUUAUUUAAUAAAAUGUAUAGCAGAUAUAAUUUAUAUCCUUAAA